AUGACUGAAUGUGGUUUUAAUGGCCCUUCUUGUGGGACGGGAAUAGCCUUGUGGUUGCCAUAUAGCCAUUAUUAGGAUAAAUUGCUGUAAAUACAAGCAGGAGCCCUGCUUUCCAGUUUGAUUUUCUGCUCAGCACCGCUACAGAAUUUGCYGUUUGAGUCGCGGUGGGGUGCGCCCUGUGCGCUCUGGUUUCCCCUUGCCMCCUGCGUGCUGCUCUGCCAGCGUGAGGGUGCUGCUUACUCGUGUGCCGUGGCUCGUCUGGCGGGAGGAAAAGCUGUGGGGCCAACUUGGGGCUACCACUUACCAGGAGCUGGCUCGAAUUGGGUACAGAACACUUCAGUUCUGCUAUUUCAUUAUGGUUGCGUUGAUUUAAGACUGUCCUAUCAGACUCCCAGCUGACUUUGAUAUUUUCAUUUUUUAAAGAAAGAAAACUUAAUAGUAAUUUAAUCUUUGAAUCUUCAGACUUAAGAAGGAUAUAAAUAUGACCAAAGGGCUCAAAACUUAUUGGGGGCCUGUCCGACCCAUUGGACAUGCAGCCCAGUCUGAGUGGGACCCUGCACAAGCUGUGCUGUCAGAGCUUGUAAAAGUGCAGCUUUCUUCUCAGCUUUAAACCCUGUUGCAGACAGAGGAAACUUUAAACUCUCAGCAAUGGCGAAUUUCUCCGAAGGUUACUGUAUUUGUAGUUGAUUUUCUUGCAUGACACCAGUUACUGUGGAUAUGACAUACUGGUUUGCCGGUGUUCAUAGUGUAGCUUUGCAUUAGCUAAGGACUGGUGGAGAGAUGUCCACGAGGUCUGUUGCAGCUGUGACUCGCCUUCCGAGUAGGAAUCGUGAUUUAGAAAAUAAAGUACGCUCCRAAGGAGGGAUUUGCUGUGGCUGGUGGCUUUGCUUUCACAAGGGUGCAGGGAAAUCUGUUCCCGUGGUGUGCUGAGGGUGCUCGCAUUCAGCAUUAGCACUUGCAUGGCGCYGAGGGCUGCGCCUCUGUACUUACCACAAGAAUGCUCUGCGCUUGCUUUUCUGAUGGAAAAGGCACUGCCGGCAGCGGGAAGGGUGCUUUUCUURCCUGCUUAAGGUCAGGGUAAGGCAGCUUAAGCAGGCUUUCAUGGGCUAAAUAGACAGAUUUGCACUGUGUUAGUUUUUGUUAUAAUUAUCCCUGUAUGUAUACUAUUCAUAGAAAACAAAAGGUACCUUUCAUGUCUGUUUUCGCUGUUGGAUAAUUACUUUUCAGGGAGACUGAGCAGAGCAUGGCCACAGAUGCUCCCUCAGAGCUGUAACUUCACUGCUGCCUGCYGAUGACCACAGUAAUUUCCUUUGCUGCUCUUAAUGGCCAGAGGAACUUAGAUGUGACAUAGGAAGUAGGCAGUGUCGUUGAUCAGAAAACUGCUAGUUCUGUACUAACCAAGGAGACAGUUACUGAUGGAAAAUAAAGAUAUAUUUCCUUGUGCUUUUAAUUUCUUUUUUUUUGUGUUAUUUUGUUUUUGCUUUGUCCACAAAUGAUUAGAAUAUUGAGUACGCUGAGACUUUGCAUCUUGUGUUUAUAACGUCCCCCUCCCCCUUUGUUAUAUUAGAGCAGUAGUACAUUGAAUUAAAGGGUUCCCCAGCACUUGGCUUUGGACAUUCAGAAACAGAGGUACUUUAGUGUUCCCUGUCUGCUCCUCGUGGCCCUGGUACCGUUUGUGUCAUUUAUGAGUGAAUAAGCUCUGCAAAGCGUAGAAGUAGCUUGGCAAAACCCAGACCUUUUCAGCCACGUGUGUGUGGUGCAGCUGAGMUGAAUUGCCGGCGGCAAGGCCUCCUCCGGGCUGCCGGCACGGAGCGAGGACGGCCGCUCGCGCUGCGGGAAUCCCGCUGGAUUUGCAGCAGCCUCUCCAUGGUAAACGUGGGGUCAAACCUCCCUGCAAUGCAUCUCGGCCUUCGUGCAUGCAAAUAGGAAGGGUUUAAUUGAACUUGGUGGUCUUGUGCUGCUUUGGUUGUGCUCUCCACUCCAUAAAUCCCGUUUUCCUGAGCUGCUACUCCUGCAGAGAGUACGAAGCCCGGCUAGAAAGAUACAGUGAACGAAUCUGGACGUGCAAAAGCACAGGCAGCAGCCAGCUGACGCACAAAGAGGCCUGGGAGGAGGAGCAGGAGGUCGCCGAGCUCUUGAAGGAAGAGUUCCCCAUCUGGUAUGAGAAACUGGUACUGGAGAUAGUCCACCACAACACUGUCUCUUUGGAGAAGCUGGUAGAUGCUGCUUGGCUGGAGAUCAUGACCAAAUUUGCAGUGGGAGAAGAGUGUGCCUUUGAGGUUGGUAAAGAAAAAAUGUUGCCGGUGAAGGUUUUAAAAAUACAUCCCCUAGAGAAAGUAGAUGAAGAGGCCUCUGAGAAGAAGUCUGAUGGCACUUGUGACUCCCCCUCCAGUGACAAAGAGAACUCCAGCCAGGUAGCCCAGGACAACCAGAAGGAAUCCGUCCUGAAGGAGGAUGACAACAGGAGGGAGAGCAUGAAUGAUCGAGCACGUAGGUCACCUCGGAAGCUUCCUACUUCAUUGAAGAAGGAAGAAAAGAAGUGGGUUCCACCUAAAUUUCUGCCCCACAAAUAUGAUGUGAAGCUGAAAAAUGAAGAUAAGAUCAUCAGCAAUGUACCGGCAGAUAGCUUGGUCCGUACGGAGCGUCCUCCCAACAAGGAGAUCCUGAGGUACUUCAUCCGUCACAAUGCGCUGCGGGCCGGCACCGGCGAGAAUGCCCCCUGGGUCGUGGAGGAUGAGCUGGUGAAGAAAUAUGCCCUCCCCAGUAAAUUUAGUGACUUCCUACUUGACCCACAUAAGUAUAUGACUCUCAACCCAUCGACCAAGAGGAAGAGCUCCGGAUCACCAGACAGAAAACCUUCCAAGAAAUCCAAAGCUGAUGGAUCAUCCCUGGGUCAGCCACUGAGCCCUACUCUGUGGUGUCAUGUACACUUGGAGAAAUCUAUUAUUGGGUCUCCACUGAAAGUGAAAAACUCUAAGAACUCAAAAUGUCCCAAAGAGGAGUUGGAAGAGGUGAUGAAAAUAGUGUCACCAGGUAAACUUGGCCCUAACUUUCACAUUCCAAAGAGGAGCCGCUUGGGAAAGGGUAACAACAAAUCCUUGGACAAAAAGCAGAGAGGCAAAAGGGUUUUAAAUGGGCAGAAAUCAUCUGGGAAAUCAAAGUCUCCUAGAAAAGGCUUGAAGACUCCAAAGAUGAAGAUGAAACAAAUGACACUACUGGACAUGGCAAAAGGUACCACUAAGGUGUCCAGGGCUCCAAGGAAUUCAGGAGGCACCCCUAGGUCUUCCAACAAACCCCAGAAACUGCCUCCUGCGGCACUCCAUCUCAUUGCCUAUUACAAAGARAAUAAAGACCGGGAAGACAAAAAAAGUGCCCUUUCCUGCAUCAUCUCCAAAACUGCCAGGUUGCUCUCAAAUGAGGAUCGUGCCCGUCUCCCUGAGGAUUUACGGGGACUAGUGCAGAAACGCUACGAGCUUCUGGAGCACAGGAAGAAAUGGGCCACCAUGACAGAGGAGCAGCGAAAGGAGUAUCUGAAGAAGAAGAGGGAGAAGCUGAAAGAGAAACUGAAGGAGAGAGCGAAGGAGCGGAAGGAGAAGGAAAUGAAAGAAAAACUGGAAAAUCAGAAAAGAUUUGAGGACCAAGAUCUUAAAGGGAAAACCUUGCCUAGUUUUAAACUGGUUGAUACCCCAGAAGGACUGCCCAAUACCCUCUUUGGGGACGUAGCCAUGGUGGUGGAGUUCCUCAGCUGUUACUCAGGGUUGUUGAUGCCAGAUGCUCAGUACCCAAUUACGGCAGUUUCUCUGAUGGAGGCGCUCUGUGCAGAGAAAGGCGGCUUUCUUUACUUGAACCGGGUGCUGGUCAUUCUCCUGCAGACGCUGCUGCAAGACGAAAUUGCCGAAGAUUACGCCGAGCUGGGUAUGAAGCUUUCUGAAAUCCCCCUUACUUUGCAUUCUGCUUCCGAGCUGGUCCGCCUGUGCUUACGCAAGUCAGAUGUGCAAGAGGAAAGCGAGGUGUCGGAUAACGUCGAUGAGAGCAAGGAUUCGGCGACUUUUGAGGAUAAUGAAGUGCGGGAUGAGUUUUUGGAGAAACUGGAGACRUCAGAGUUCUUUGAGCUGACUCCUGAAGAGAAACUGCAGAUACUGGCAGCUCUCUGCCACCGGAUUCUGAUGACUUACUCUGUGCAGGACCAUGUGGAGGCCAAGCAGCAAAUGUCYGCUGAGCUGUGGAAGGAGCGUCUCGCUGUCCUGAAAGAAGAGAACGACAAGAAGAGGGCGGAGAAACAGAAGAGGAAAGAAAUGGUGGCCAAGAACAAGGAGAAUGGGAAGGAGGAGAAUGCCAUGGGAAGAAACGAAAAGAAAAAAAAUGAGCUCGUGAAAAUAGAGCACCGGGCAGAAAUAGAAGCUGAUGAUAUGAUCAGUGCUGUGAAGAGCAGGCGCCUGCUUGCCAUCCAAGCCAAGAAAGAGAGGGAGCAACAGGAAAGACAAAUGAGAGUAAAGAUGGAGAAAGAAGCAGAGGAAGAAAGAAUCCGGAGGCAUAAGGCUGCAGCUGAGAAGACCUUCCAGGAUGGAAUUGCCAAAGCAAAGCUGGUGAUGCGCAGGACCCCGAUUGGCACAGAUCGAAACCACAACAGAUAUUGGCUGUUUUCAGAUGAAGUUCCUGGAUUAUUCAUUGAAAAAGGCUGGGUACAUGACAGUAUAGACUACAGAUUUGUCCUUCCCCAUCAGAAAAAGGAGGAUUCAAAAAAGGACUACAGCCCAGUAGAUAAGMGGAAGGGCGCAGCCGCCGACGGCAGAGUGAGCCUGCAUCAUAGGGCUGUGCAYGUGGCAGACAUCCCCACAGAGACCACCGCGCCUAAACAAGGACAGAACUUGUGGUUUCUCUGUGACAGUCAGAAGGAUUUGGAUGAGCUGCUGGAAUGCCUGCACCCAAAAGGAGUGAGAGAGAGUCAGCUAAAGGAGCGUCUGGAGAAAAAGUAUCAGGACAUCACACAUUCUAUCCAUUUGGCUCGGAAACAGAACCUGGGCCUUAAAUCCUGUGAUGGUAACCAGGAACUGCUGAACUACCUUCGAAGUGAUCUAAUUGAGGUUGCAACCCGGCUGCAGAAAGGAGGGCUGGGAUAUGUUGAUGUGACACCAGAAUUUGAAGCCAGAAUAUACUCGCUGGAGAGCCUGAAGGAUUUUGGAGAGUGUGUGGUUACACUGCAAGCUGGUGUUAUUAAGAAGUUUCUGCAAGGCUUCAUGGCCCCCAAGCAGAAGAGAAGGAAACAUCAAGGAGAGGACUGCAUUGCCAAGACUGAGGAGGUAGAUGAAGAGAAGAAAAUGGCAGAAGAAGCUAAGGUUGCUUCAGCCGUGGAGAAGUGGAAGUCAGCAAUCCGUGAGGCCCAGACCUUCUCCCGCAUGCAUGUGCUGCUCGGCAUGCUGGAUGCCUGUAUCAAGUGGGAUAUGUCGGCAGAGAAUGCAAGGUGCAAAGUGUGUCGCAAGAAAGGUGAGGAUGACAAGCUGAUCCUGUGUGACGAGUGUAACAAAGCCUUCCACCUCUUUUGUCUGAGACCGGCACUCUAUGAGAUACCAGAUGGCGAAUGGCAGUGCCCAGCGUGCCAGCCUUCCACUGCCAGACGCAGCUCRCGGGGCAGGAACUAUGCAGAGGAGUCUGAUGAAGAGGAAACUGARGAAGAUGAGGAAGCUUCUGAUGAACAAGAUGCUGAGGAGGAGGAAGAAGAGGAGGAAGAUUACGAAGUUGCCGGACUGAAAUUGCGACCCAGAAAGCCAGCGCGGGGCAAGCAGAACACGGCCAUGUACUCCUUGCGGCCGGGAAGGCACCCAGGGAAGAAGCAGGCGCUGCACUCUGCSCGGGCGCCCCGGCCGCGCGCCACACCGCUCAACGGCGCGGACAUCGACGAGCUGGUCCUUCAAACGAAAAAGACAGCACGUCGCCAAACGCUCGAAUUACAGAAAUGCGAGGAAAUCCUCAGCAAGUUGAUCAAGUACCGCUUUAGCUGGCCCUUCAGGGAGCCAGUGACCACAGAGGAAGCUGAAGAUUACUUUGAGGUCAUCAGCAACCCUAUGGACUUCCAGACUAUGCAGAGCAAGUGCUCUUGUGGCGACUACCGCUCGGUGCAGGAGUUCCUCUCUGACAUGAAACAAGUGUUCACCAACGCUGAGCGCUACAACCAGAAUGGGAGUCACGUCCUGUCCUGCCUGGAGAAGACAGAACAGUGUUUGAUCGACAUGGUGCACAAACACCUGCCUGGCCACACAUAUGCACGCAGGAAACGCAAGAAACUCUCUGCCAGGUGCCAGGAACUGGAGGAACAGGAAGGGGACAGUGAGCCAGAGUCCCUUGAACAUUCCCGGGGGCGAAAAAGGAAGAAAUGAUGGAUGGGGGAGGUUAAGGGGGAGAGYCAGAGCUGGAGCAGGUCUUCUGGUGCUGCUGGCGGCAGGAUGGGCUGUCUGGAGGGAGUUAGGAAGCAGCAGGCACUUCUCUAUUAAGCCAGCCUUUGGCCCAUCCUACUUCUAUUUUUUCUGCAAUUUCCUGAAGUAUUUGUACAUGCGUUGAGCGCGCAGAGACGACGUGCCGCUUCCUGCAAAACCGGCAAAGCUCUGGCGCGCCUGUCCUGCCAGGAGGGCCGGAGGGGAGCGCGGGCGGGCGGCCUGCGCCACCUCUGCCACGAGCCCGCACUGGAGCACGGCGGGCCCUCCGCUUCCUGCUGCCUGGGAUGUGGAACCAGCCCGGGGGCUGGCGCAGGGAGGGAUCACAUCGCUGCACGGAAGGACUGGGCAUGCCCAUGGGCUGCUGGUUCUUGUAUGUAUAUAUUUAUAUGGUGUUUAUUUGGAGCCCCGUGUCAGGGGGCUGUGGGGAGCGAGCAAGCACUUACACUGAGGGAGGCAAAGCUUUCACCAGCCUUGCACUGCAGCUGGCGCCAAGGUGCCCGGCCCCGUGUGCCCUCUCCGGGAGCCACGUGUGCAGGUGGGCACUGCAGGGCGAGGGGCGAGCUGGGC